UGAACAGCUUGGCCAUUCAAUCUUGGACUCCGGGAAGGCAUCACCUGCCCAUUAAUCUCUCCAUUAGGUACUAAUGAAAAUUCCCGUCUUCAGUGGAAGGCCGGUGCGAGGUUCGAAUUCCAUUCUCGGGUCUUGUGCUGUACAUCCAACUUUUUUGUUGGACACCUGGUCGUCCCUUCGCUAGGGAUUCAAAUUCCGUCCUCACAUCCCAUCCUUACGUCAAGAGUGCUUAGUACCCAUAGCCCUACCAUGCCGCCGAAGCGCAAAGCCAAAGACGCCACCGCGUCCCCGACCGGGCAGCCAGCGUCUCGAAGACGGUCGAGCCGUACGUCCAAGACUUCGCCGGCCACUGACGGAGAUGAAAGUGAUGCGCUUUCCGCGAGACCCUCAAAAAGAUCUCGUGGAGCAUCUUCGCGCACUGCGAAACAAGACGAUGGCGGCGAUGGCCUUGGUAAUUACGGGGGAAGUUCCUCAGGGCCAGCAACGAUAGAGCAGCACCUGAUGGGCCAGAAUAAAAAGUCCAAAGAGUUCAUCCAGGGUUUCAAAGAGCAAGUCGCUCAAGGGCGAGCACAAACCCAAGCAACGUUGUCGAGGCUCAAGCAGAACUUAGCCAAGCCCCCGGACGCCGGCAACGGCAACCUCGCAGAUAUCUACGCCACGCUGCAGACCGCCGCCCAGACGACGCUCUCCACAAAAGACAACCCCCUCUUCGAGCAGACCCAGCACCUGCUACGCCUCAGCCGCGCGAUACUUGACUGUCACCGGACGGCUGAGAGGGAUUCGCGCACGCAGGAGCUUGUUUCGCCGCGCGAGGUGUGGGAGCAGGACGAGGAGGGCAUGCGGAAGCUGCUGGGAUAUGGGAAGGUAUUUGGGGAGAAGGUUGUUGAGGGGUGGAUCACGCCGCAUAGUGAGCAGGUUUGUGAUGGCGAGGGGGAUGAUGAUGGGGAGAGUAGUGGUGAGGAUAGGGAAGGUUCGAGUGAGGCGGAGAACUUGGCAAAGGGGUUGUUCGAGUGGAAGAGGAAGGGGUGGGGAUUGCUGAAGGGGGACGAGAGCUGGGGGGUUGCGGCAAGGAGGCAGAUGGUUGCGCUGGCAGGUGUUGUGAGGACGUUGCCUUCAACCUAAAUAUGAUGAGUUGGGUGUGGGCGGCUUGAGUUUUCUUGGUUGGUGAGAGACUUCGGCGAGGAUGUGGACCUCGAAGUUGGUGCUCGACUUUUAGAUCACUUGCGAAAGUCACGGUGAGAGGAACGUUGCUUAGGGAAAUUUAGGUGCUUAAGGAUAGUGGCUUCAUAUAUGUCAAAUCCCGACGGGUAAUGCACAAAUAACCGAAAUAUCAAGUACUGUGUAACUCGGUUGGCGAUUGCUUUCCGAGAAUGCAAAC